UCUCUGUCGAAAAGAGAUAUCCUCCCAUCCCCGGUGCUAGGCAUUACUGAUGUGGCUGAUCAAUCAGUACCUUUACGUCGAGGAGAUCCUUUUCAUCACCUGCAUCUCGGUGGUGAAAUUCUCGGUGCUGACAUUCUAUCGUCGGGUUUUCUCGGUGCAGAUCUUUGCGCGUAUUACCCAUGCGCUUGUUGGCGUCUGCGCUGUCUGGGCUGUGGUCACCCUUCUGCUUGUCAUCUUGCAGUGUCUUCCCGUGCACGCGAUGUGGGACUUGGAGCUCCAGGUGCCCGGUCAGGCCAAGUGUCUGAGCCCCGCGAAGUUGAUUUUCGGCUAUGAGAUCUGCAACGUGAUCGUUGACCUGGUAAUCCUGUACCGUCAAUUGGAAGAUGGGAGUAGCAGCGUGCAGUCCACUUCAAAAACCCUGUCUCGGGCGCAGAUGAUGGAUGUUUGUCGUGGGGCGGAGUGA